AUGCCCGGUUCUAACCUGACCAUCGGGUUUGUCGGCUGCGGAACAGGCGCCAUGGGCAGCGCGGUUCUUAUCGGCUUGCUCAAUGCAAUAUACCCCGAAGACGGCGCAACGAGAGUGCCAGAAUUGUUUCGUCGCUACCUAGCUUGUACCGCAACCGAAGCCGAAGCCUCUGCUCUACGCAAGAAGCUAGACCGCCACCAGACUCGCGUGGAAGUGACAUUCGGAGACGUUGGAAAAGUCAUCGAGCAAGCUGAUGUGGUUGUUCUGGGUGUAAAACCUUAUAUGGCCAGCCAGCUUCUAUCUACCGGGGGCGUGGCAGAGGCGCUGCGUGGCAAGCUUGCGAUCAGCAUGUUGGCUGGCGUGAGUAUAGACACUCUGCGCGGUCGACUCCCUCAUUCCGCUGCUGGCUCGACGGGUGCAGAUCCCAUCUACUGGACAAGAGCUGUUCCAAACCUUGCCGCGAGCUUUGGCCAAUCGAUCACCGUUGUACAAGUCACGGAACCAUCCUUACCUGCGGAUCUGGCCAAUCUUCAAGAUCGGAUCUUUAGCUACGUAGGGACUGUGAAAUACCUAGCCGAGAACCUCAUGGAUCUGGGCACCGUUCUAAACACAGCGGGCAUGACAAUGGUCUCGGUGGCUCUGGAAGGGCUCUUGGACGGAAGCGUAGCCUCAGGCAUGCGCAGAAACGACGCCAUGGAUGUCGUCUUGCAAGGAAUCCGUGGCUUUGCGAGUAUCUUGGAAAAUGGAACUCAUCCAGCAACCAUGAGGGAGAACGCUGCAUCGCCGAGAGGCUGCACGAUUCAGACAUUAAUUGGGUUGGAGCAGGCUGGGGUUAGGGGAACAUACGCAACUGCGUUGGUAAAGGGAGCCGAACACUUUCGCCAAGCCAAAUAA